AUGUUUCGCUCCCCCCAAGAACUGUUUACAGCGGAGUGUAAGUUUAAGGAGUCGGUGUUUGAGAACUACUACGUGAUCUACAGCUCGAUGCUCUACAGACAGAAGGAGUCGGGCCGGGCCUGGUUCCUGGGCCUCAAUAAAGAGGGGCAGGCCAUGAAGGGCAACAGGGUGAAGAAGACCAAACCAGCUGCACACUUUCUGCCUAAACCUAUAGAAGUUGCGAUGUAUCGAGAGCCUUCGUUGCACGACGUAGGGGAGGCGGUGCCUAAAGUCGCCGGGGCCCCGUCUUCCAAAACUACAACCAGCGAACCUGUGGUCAUGAACGGCGGCAAACCAGUCAACAAACCAGACAAGACAUAACCCCGCCUCCCCCUUUUAUCCCCCCCCUGGCCAACCAGAGGCCAGGACAAGCCAGACUCGCCCCACUGCUGCGCUCUCACUAAAAACUGCAACGAAAGGUAACCAAACAAACCAUCAACUUCUGACUGGUCAGCAGUGGGGCCGCUCGUCGCGUCACGUCUCGAUGUAGGACGGAUCCGCUACAACUUGCUUCGACUGGUGGCGGGGGAAAAGGGAGGAGGAAGACCAUAAAUGCUGGCCAAUGCCCGCCAGAUGUUUGGGAACUGGUUCAGUGGCAUGCCCUCAUACGUGAGACAAAAUGACUUCUUAAAGAUAUAAACAAAAAACGGGAAAAAAAUGUCUUCUUCACCGGUAUUUUUCUGUGACAAUCUGUAAGAAUGAGUCCCCUUUCUUUCCUCUCCUGAUACUGUUUCUGUUGCCAGGUAUGCUUGCUUGCCGGUGGCCACGCACACACACACACUUGCACACGACUCCAACCCGAAAUCGACCACUUGGAUUCGAUUUUUGCGUAAAUAAAAAACAGAUUAAAAAACAAACAUCGGGCAAAAAGAACAUUUUAAAUACCAACCAGUGAUGAUUCAGAGGAUGCUUAGUCAUCGAUCAAUUAAGACAGGACGUUCUGUACCGAGCCUAUAAGGAAAUGUUCUUAAAAUCGCCCUGUGCAUUAAAAAUAAGGCAACACACACUAUGACCUGUUUUAAUCACAUACUAUAUAUCUGUUAAGAAAAGAGAGUUCUUAUUUGACACUGCAUAGCUUAAAGCAUGUUCGUCUUUUCAGUAUUCCUUUAUUAUCUGUUAGAUGGUUCAUUAUUCUGCACACACAGUGAAUAUUGAGCUGCGUCGUUGUACGGACACAAAACAGAUAUUUUGUGUCUACCUUUCCGUCUAACAAGUUGUUUUCUGUCCCUUUUUUACGAAUGUUAUGAUUUCCACAUCACUUGGUAGCUCAGGAGAGGAGGAGAUCUGCUCGUUAGUGUGUAGCUGAGUGAUGAAACCCGAAUGAUUUCCCUGUUUGUAGCAACGCAAAGUACAGGAGGCAUGCUGGCGUCCACGCAGCAUGGUAGCAGUCACUGUUUACACGGAGUAGCAGAAACUUCAAGAAGUAGUACUUUUUCUUUCUGUUGCCUCCCAAGUACUUGAAGUUAUGAGGAAAAUAUAGGAAUGAGGGUUAUAAUGAACAGGGUCAAUUAUUUUGAAGCCACUAUGUGUGGAAUUUACCACCCAGUGGUUUAAAAACAGGCACUGUGGUAAUGCAAUGCACGCCUUUACCCCUCCCCGUAGCAGAGGAUCAGAGGAAUUAAUAACUAUAGCUGUCAAACAAAUAAAGAGGAAUAUUUAUUAUAAAUAUCAAUAUUUUUUUCUGAUAUAUAGAAAAUGAAAAUACUAAA